AUGUACCCUGACUGGGCCACUAUAAUGGAACUUACUUCAAUGAUCCACCUUGAAGAGUCAGUGAUAAAGACUUGGUUCAAGAACCAGCGUGUCAAAAGGAGGAAGCAGCAGCAACAAACUCGACCAAGUCCAUCACCAGAAGCGCCAAACCAGACCACCUCAGUGAAGGAGCAGGAGACCCUCUUACCCGUAACCUCUGCAAACACUGAUCCCACGAGUCCCAGCAUUUCCGAUGACUGUGAGCAUGAACCACCUAAGCCUUCUGGAAUCCAGCAACCUGGAGGGGCUGGUGCUUCUGUGUGGAAUUCAUGGGAUUCUCAGUCUCAUGAUCUCCAACAGAUAUGUCUGGGGCUCUCUGAUCCUCCCUGGGCCUCUGUUCCCUAUGACAUGGAUGAAUUUAUACGACUGUACACUUUACCUGGGGAUGAUGAUCCCAGUAGUCUAGAUUGGUACCUCUUCCCAAAGUGCCCCAAUUGA